GCGGACUCAUGGCGCGGCAAUGGCGCGGUGGGAAGAAACGUGUGCGCUGCACGUUCUCCCGGCCGCACUAGGCCGCCAGCGCGGACGGGUAUCCCCGACGUAUACCAUAUAAGGCAACGGCGAACAGCGCCCCGCCGCCGCGGUUGCCUGAUAUGGACUGCCGCCCGGGACCGUCCCGAGCGAGCGAGUCAGGCGGUGCCGCACCAUUUGCGCCCCAUCACGACGCCUCGUUGCAGGGCCUGUGGUAAUAUAUACCGACGCCCCCGCUCGCCGCGUCGCUAUCCGCCCACCCAAUGGCAUACUACCGGUACAGCAACUCGACCCCGUCUACACCCCAGGUCUUUCCCUGGGACAUCGCGACCAGUGAGCAUGACACGCCCCCGCAGCCCAUGACCCCGCUUGUCACCCAUUACUCGACGCCCGAGGAGCAAGAACAACAAGUCCAGUUUGAACAGUUCCUGCAGCAACAGCACCAGCAGCCGCCGCUACAGCCUCAGCUCCAACCUCAGCCUCAACCACAACCAACGUACCAGCAGCCGACCACCAUACAGCUGCAAGAGCGUCCGGUGUACACCGCCCAAUAUAGAUUCGACAAUAUCACCCAGGAAGAGUUCCGCCAGCAACAGACAGCACCCGCGAGUGAUGAACGUAGCGUCGGGACGUCAGGUAGCCGGCGCGCUUCGAGUAAGCCGCCAUUGCACAUCUCCACGACGUCUCGAGCGAGCGAGAGCCCCGGUGCAUCUUCUACGCCCGGCGCAGGCCCGAGCAGCGGUGUCGGCCCUGCCCGGCACUCGCGUGCCCCGCACAGCACUCACCCGUAUCGCCGCCCGCACUCGGCGGCGGGCGGGAGAGGUGCGUCGAGGGUGGCUUCCGCGCCCUCCGACUCCGCGACGGUCGCGCGGUUGCACCCAGUUUCGGAGGGCCGCGAGCCUGAGAUGGCUUCGGUCCCGCAGAUGCACGCGCAGGCGCAGCAGCUACAGCAGACGCGCCCGACUCAUGCAGGCGCGAGCACGCUCGCGUCGUCCGCGAUGGCCGCGGCAUCCAUGUCUGUGACUUGUCCCGCAGUGAGUUUGUGGCGGGAUCGCGUAUUGAGACAGAGCACAGCGGGCGGUGCGGGUGCCAGCACGAGUCCACAGGGAGCACUGCGCCGCUACAACGUCUGCACCGACAUCCAGUUCGACACUGUCGACAAUGUCCUCGUUGCCAUGUUUGAGCUUCCUGGUGUGAAGAAGACCGACGUCCGCAUCGCCAUUGCAACCUGCCCGUUCAGUCGCGUCAAGCAGCUCACCGUGUCCGGCACCGCUCGUAGCGCGCUCGCUACGGAGCGAGGGCACUCAAUCCGAGAGCGCAAGGUCGGAGAGUUCGCCAAGAGCAUCAGCAUACCUCCCCAGACUCAGCCCCACGAUGUGCGCACGAGCAUGGAAGACGGCGUGCUCACCUUGAGGAUACCCUGCGGCCAACCAACACAGGCCUUCCAAGCGCAAGACGUGCUCCUCGCGUGAUCCGUUCCAGCCCCCGAAAAUCCCCAUAUCGUUGGUGACCGCAGUGCGAUCGCUGUCCCGACUCGACUGUCCGAACACUACGCAAAACCACAACUCCGUGUGAUACCAAGAGAAUCGUCUUUCACGUCGCUUUCAAAGUUUUGGACAUUUUCUUGCUGUCUUGCUCGCAACCUCUCGCACCUGACUUGUAUCGUGUAGUAGUAACUUAGUACAUCGCCUCUCCGCCGCCGCCUACCAUUGACACCCGCGCCGCCUAUCGUACCGAAUCGUAGAUAUGUACCUCGCAAGCGUUCUCAUCCCCCGAAUAUCUGCACUACGGAAUCCUUAUAAUUUUUCGCGCGUUCAUGGUCUACGUCAAGUUGUUAAGUUGUAGUGACUCGGUACCUUGGUCAACAGCGAUCCUGUCUUCCGUAUAUUGUUC